CUAAUUGCUUGGAAAAUUCUAGCUCUCAAGGCUAUAAAUAGGGCAAUGAAACUAUCACACAAAUCACCAAAAAUCUUCUUGUAAACCAUAACCAUAAAUUAAUAACUCAUAUCACAAGAGUAUUUCUAUAUUAUGGCUUGUCUAGUGAGAACAUUUCUUACAAAACAACACGUUCUCAUUAGUGAGAAUAAUGAUCAUAACCCUUUAACCAUGUCUGAUGAACUCAUUUUGGAAGAGAUUUAUUCAACACAUGUUCAUAGUCACACUAAGUUUGAUGCUGAAUCUCUUUUUAACAUUGCUGCUGACAUCCUUAAGCGUUCAACCCAUGUUGUUGAAAACGUUGUGCAAGGACGUCAUGUAAAACAGGAAUUAUAUAACACACAUCCCCCUGCUAGCUUCACUUCACCGUUGUGUACUUUGAAGCAAAUUAAUUCCGAGAUGUCAUGCAAGGUUCCAGGUGAGGAAAUUGCUUUCAAAACAACACUAGCAAUCCUGGAAAAGCUUUCACAGUAUUCAUGGACUGCAAAAGGAGUGCUUACUCUUUCUGCAUUUGCCAUUGAAUAUGGAGAGUUCUGGAUGCUAUCAGAGCAUCAAUCAACUGAACCAAUUGCGAAAUCAUUAGCCAUAUUGAAGAGAGUGCCUCAACUCACCAAUCUUGAAGCACUGAAAAAACACCACAAUGCAAUUUUGGAACUCAACACUCUGAUCAAGACAACUUUGCAAGUGAUUGAUAUCAUCAUUGAGCUGGAAAGACUCAGCUCAAUUCAUGGCAUCAAUGCAGUGCCUUUAGAACAAUUCCCGGUAGAUGUCUUUUGGGUUAUCAUCACCAUUGUUGCAAUUGUUACUCAGAUCGAAUGCCUCACUACUGAUUCGGAUAAGAGGCAGAACUUAUCUCAAUUUGGUCAAAAGAUUAACAUCAUAAUCAGCAAAUUGAGGAACCACGUGGCAGAAUGCGCUAUACUUAUUGCUGAAGCGGAGUAUAUGAAGACACUCAGGAAUCUAUUUCAAACCCCGACUGAAGUCAUGGAAGUGUUCAAAGUGCUGAUUUUUCACAAAGAUGCUCCACAAGAAGCCAUCUAUGAUGGUUCCACUAAAACAUUGGUUAAAAUUAACGAGUUGAAAACGAAGGAUGUGCUCUUGUUGAUUUCGACCCUAGACAUCAGCGAUGAAGACAUCACAAUGUUGAUUCCAAUUUAUGAACGUUUAAAGAGAGAACAAAACCAAUACAAGAUUAUGUGGAUUCCAAUUGUGGAGGAAUGGAAUGACAAGCAAAGGAAACAAUUUAAUUCUUUGAAGUCUAAAAUGCCUUGGUAUGUGUUGCAUCACUUUGCACCCAUAAAAGGCAUCAAGUACAUUAAGGAGGAACUACAUUUCAUGCAGAAGCCUUUGUUUGUUGUGUUGAACCCAAAAGGAAUGAUUUUACAUGAUAAUGCAUUCCAUAUGAUUCAAGUUUGGGGGGUAAAGGCUUUCCCUUUCACCAAAUCCAGAGAAAUAAUAUUAACAAAAGAAUCAAUGUGGAUUGAUUCCUUGUUGGUUGAUAUUGAUAUAAAGAUUAAAUGGGAGGAGGAAAAGUGUGUGAUCAUUUAUGGAGGUACAAGUGCGACAUGGAUCGAACAGUUCACUGAGGCUGCUGGUAAACUAGCAAGUGAUACCAGUAUUAAGCAGACAAAUACUACAAUUGAGUUGUUCUCGUUGGCGAAAGAGAACAAAAAUGUAGUUAGCAAAUUUUGGAACAAGGUAGAGAGUUUGUUUGUGACAAAAAUGCAUGAUGAAACAAACACUAUAACACAACAAGUUGAGAAAUUGCUUUCUUACAAGAAUGAGGAUGGGUGGGCAAUCGUGACCCAAGGGUCGGUUGUGGCUUUUGUUGGCCAUGGAAAAACAGUUUUGACGACAAUCAAAGAAUCGGGCAAAUGGAUAGGUGGCGUGAGCAAGAAGGGAUUACAAGAUUCACUUAAAGAUUAUCAUAACAUUGUUGCUAAAUCUGUUCGUAUUUGCUCUCACCUUGAGAUUCAUAAUGCUGCUGGAAAAGUUCCUGAUUUUAUUGUUUGUCCAGAUUGUAAUCGCACAAUGGAAGUGUUUAUUACCUAUAAGUGUUGCCACAUUAAUGAGGAUAAGGCUAAUGGUGAUCAUUAGCUAUAUAUAGCAUUGGUGAGUUAUGUAUUAAUUAACUAUAUAUGUCUUGUUAUUGCAUUUUAAUAUCUAUAGUCCUUUCCUUUGAGUGUACGUGAGAUCAAUAUCAGUUUAUGUACCCUUAUGGGAUUGAUGCAGCCAUGAGUCUUGCAUUAUUGUUGAUCACAGUAAGAUCACAAAUGCAACUAGAAUAAGGCUAUUUGUAACUUUGUUUCAUUUUGUAUUGGUGUUAUGAAUAAAAUGUUAUUUUAAGAUUUCACUUUUGAGUGUUUUUGUUCUACU